AUGUCACAAGACCAUAGAAAGCUCAAUUUAGAAAUGAUUAGCCACAACAUCAUGGAGUUUGUUAACGGACACACUUCUCUUAAAGUGAAGGUGAUCAUCGUCCAUAUUAUUGAAAAAUACACGUACAUAGUAUCGUAUAAGAAAGCAUGGAUUGCAAAGUGUAAGGCCAUAGAGUCACUGUACGAAAAUUGGGAAAAAUCUUACAACGACCUACCACAGUGGAUAUUGGUAAUGAAAACCUACCUUCCAGGUACUAUUAUUGAGUUGCAAGCCUUGCCUGCAAUUUUGAAUUAUUGA